AUGGAAUGCUCCGAUUUGACCUUUCUGAACACGACUGGGGCGUCUAGUUUGUCUGGCCGGGCUGCGAAGGAGAUGAGGGCGCAUAUCACCAGGACCAACUUUGCCAAAAGACGCCAGCGGCUGACAGGCAGGGGGCCCGAAAAAGAGCCAAAAGUCAAAAGAAAACAAGACAAAACAAACAUACCCAGUGAUAAAAUGUGUGAUAGUGUGUUGACUCUUAUACCGGCCCAUUUAUCUCCGUCACAGGAUACCCUCGACAAGCUGCAGGAGCUACUAUUCAUCGAAGGAAGACGCAAUCCCUACAACCCUCGUGAAGCACUCUGGUUUAAACUCUUUACGUCGGAACCGGUGUUGGUCGAGGCCACAAUGGCCGUUGCUGUACGGCACUGGUCGCCGGAAUACUCCUGGCAGUCACAGGCCGAUCAUCACUCCUAUAUAGCUGUGAACCUCCUCAAAGAGCGCAUUGCAUCGAUAUCAACUCGUCCAAAUGCUGUUCUUGGCGCAGUCAUCACGAUGGUGUUUGGCGCAGCUUUGGCGUGCGAUGAUAUUGCCUGGAAGAUCCAUAUAGAAGGGCUCGUACAGAUCAUCAAUGAUCGGGAGUCGAGAGACCCACUGGGCCUGCCAUCAUGGCUUAUAGAUCUUAUCGUACAGGACUCGGUAAACAGCAUCUUUGGCUUCCCGCGAGCGUGGCAUCCAAAGCUCAUCCACGCACUGCGAGAAUACCACGAUGGCAAAAUCACCAAACUGUCCUCCAUCUGCGAUAACGUGAUGCAGUUACGGUGGGUAAUCAACUGCCAUCACCAGAGUCCACUAGACCCAAUCUCCAUCGCCGAAGUCAUCGAAGAGCCGCUAGCCGAGCUACACCAUCAAGCCCGCGCCCUUCGAAGCCCAGACAAUGUCCACAUCGACGCCGCCGCACGGGCAGUCGAACUUGUACUACACCUCCUCUGGCCAACCAAGUCGCCGGCUCAUCUGACACUCCUCGCCAGCGAGCUGAAAGGUAGAAGAUCCCACUUUCCGAUCAGACAUUGCCCGUACAUGGACUUGACCUCGUACCAACUUAUGGUCGGGGCAGUUGCCGCUGAGAAGGGGUCAGAUGCACGAGCGUGGUUUGUAGAUAGGGUGACGAGAUCGGUAAGAUGGAUGCAGAAUCGUGGAUGGAAUGAGCCGUUGAGUCUGUUGGAGAAGAGAGCCCUGGAUGGUGAUAUGGGUCUUAUGCCACAGUUCAGGGCGUUAUGGAGGGAGUUGUAUGACGUGGCGGCCAUUAUUGAUGUGCAGUCUCUUUACCAAAGGAUUGAGUGA